GAGCGGUCCUAAUCUCUCACAUGUACCACAGUGUGCAUGCCUGAAGUGAUACAGUCUGAGAAGGGGGAUAAAAGGACAUUUUAUUAUAUUUACUGCUGCUGGUCUACAAGUAUUUUUACAUUAUGAGCUCCCAGAUUACGUGUGUCGGGUGGGUGAAGCGUGGCGUUGCCAAGGAAACCCCUGACAAGGUCGAGCUGAGCCAAGAGGAGCUUCAACGCAUCAUCACCGAAGCUAGAGACGAUCUGGGGGACGUAGCAGGGGAAGAUGAAGAUGAGGAGGAAGAUGAAGGUAUUCCACGUGAUGACGAUCCAUCUGGAGAAACAGUAGAUGAUGAUGAUGAUGAUGAUGAUGAGUUGGGUCCAAAGACUGGGAAUGAUGACGAGGAGGAAGACGAUGAACUGGCGGAGUAUGGGCUGGACAAGUAUGAUGAAGAGGAUGCAGCUACUGCUAACCUUGGUGACAGUCUAGCUGGGCUCACAGUGUUCAGCUCUAACGACGAGGAUCCCUACAUCACCAUCAAAGACACGGACCAGUAUGAGCGAGAAGACUUCCACAUCAAACCCACUGAUAACCUCAUCCUGGCUGGCAAAACGGAGAAGGACUGCUGCAACUUAGAGAUCUAUAUUUAUAACUCAGAGGAGGAAUCUAUGUAUGUCCAUCAUGACAUCCUGCUGCCAGCCUAUCCGUUGUGUGUGGAAUGGCUGGACUUCGAUCCCAACCCACAAGAGGGACGAGCUAACUACGUCGCCGUGGGCAACAUGACUCCACAGAUAGACGUGUGGGAUCUGGAUGUGGUGGACUGUUUGGAGCCAGUCUUCUCCCUCGGGAGCAAAAAGGCCUCCAAGAAGAAAAAGAAAAGCAAAAAGGGUGCAGCAGUGGAGCCUGUGGAGGGACACACAGAUGCAGUGUUGGAUUUAUCCUGGAACAAGCUGGUCAGGAAUGUGCUGGCCAGUGGAUCUGCAGACGACACGGUCGUCCUGUGGGAUCUGUCUCAAGGCAAGCCAGCCACAACUCUGCGGAAGCAUACAGACAAGGUCCAGACGUUGAGAUUUCAUCCCUUCGAGGCACAGACCUUGAUAUCUGGAUCAUAUGACAAGACAGCCGUCCUUUAUGACUGCCGGAAUCCAGACAGCAGCUUCAGAACCUGGAGGUUUAGUGGGCAAGUGGAGAGGCUGGCCUGGAACCACUUUUCACCCUUCAACUUCCUGGCCAGCACAGAAGACGGUUUCGUCUACUGUCUAGAUGCCCGCACCGAUAAACCAUUGUUCACACUAAAGGCACACGACGAAGAAGUGUCAGGUUUAGACCUCAGCAGCCAGAUCAAAGGAUGUCUCGUCACCUCAUCUGCUGACAAACACGUAAAGAUUUGGGACAUUUUAAGCAACAAGCCCAGCCUGGUGCACUCUCGAGACAUGAAAAUGGGGGUGCUGUUCUGUGCUUCGUGCUGCCCUGAUCUGCCCUUCGUCUACGCCUUCGGGGGACAGAAGGAUGGCUUGCGAAUUUGGGACAUAAGUGACGUUGCAGCAGUGAGCGAGGUGUUCGGCAGCCGAGAGCGCAUGACGGUGAACCCGGGAAGCCAGGCUUCCUCGCCUGCAGCCACAGCAGACAUGGAAGUCUCCUAGUGAUCUUCUGGCUCGUCUGUAACCAUAAAUUAGUCGAAUUACCAUGGAAACCCAGCAGGUUUCCCUGUCGUGCCUUGCCGCGAGAAGGGCAGAACUAGAUAAAUCUGAACUCACAGCGUAGAAUAAAGACUGACCAACAUGUAUCUAAAAAGACUGGAACACAAACUAGUUAAUAAAAUGGAAAUUACAAUAAUUAGAUGAGAUUAUCUGAUGGAGGCAGAAAUGCUAUUUUUUUAUAACUGUGCUAGUACACAUCGUACACAUUUUCUCAGAUCUUUGCCCCCGUGCCUCGCUCAGUGUAUUACAAGUACAAAUCACUAUUAAAAGUAGUAGUACUGAUUUACCUGUUCACACAAAAUACAUCAACUAAAGUGUUUUAUAGUAAUUACAAAUGUUAAGUUACCAGAUAUGUUGCUGUUGAAUCUGUUUUUAUUUUUUAUGUGGAUCCUAAUAUUACCAUUGGUCUUUGUUUGGCGUUCAGUUGUAAAACGAACAUUUUGUUUAAAGUAGAUCAAAUAUGGUAUAAAUUGUUUAGCGAUGUCAGUCUAUGGCUUCCGGUUGCAUGCACUAUAUGUUUAGCAUCUUUUUUGCUGAUGUUUUGGUUCCUGUUCACAAAUAACAUUAGCACCAUUUAAAUCUGUUUAAAGCAAUUAAAAACGUGUCACUGAAUGAAUAGAAGUGGGUUUUGAAUAAAUUUUGUUGCAAUAUA